AUCUGUUUGACUCGACGGUCACCUCAACCGUGAUGUGUACAUACAAACAUAAAGGAAUUUGUUUGUAGAGGUUUUGAUUCGUCAGCUAGAUUGACUCGAACUUUCGCCCAUAAAAUCUUGAGCUGACGGACCUAAACUUCAAAAUAUCGAAAGUCUAUGACAAACAUCACACAUAAACUUCAAGCCAAAAAAAAACUUUUCUAACGAGGAUCUGUCCAUUGACCAGCUUUGACAACCAGAAGUUGCACCUACAAGUACACUUGGAAGACUCAGAAAGAGAAGGAGACUGCACCAACAGCCAUAAGCUCAACAUCAACUAGACCCAUUGCCGGCGACCGCAAGGAAAGAACACGAUCGAAGUCCAGCUCAUACAACUCACGCCAUGGCUUCUCAAAAUGACGACCCCUUUGACUCCCUCCUCACUCUAGAAGACACACUCUACACAACCGCGCACUCCCAAGGAAUCUCCGACGGCGCCCGCGCCGGUCGAAUCGAAGGCCGCAUCUUCGGCCUCGAAAAAGGUUUCGAAAAGUUCUCUGCCCUGGGCGAAUUCCACGGACGAGGAGCAGUCUGGGGAUCACGACUCUCGCCCCCUACCCCAUCUGCCACACCCAAGCCAACAACAACCGUCUCGUCACCAUCAGACUCUCAGACCCAGCCCGCGACUGAAGCCAAGGCUGAGGCUAAAGCCCAAUUACCCGGGAUACAGAACGCGUCCACAAGAUUGCCUUCGAAUGUAUCCCUCCUCUACCACCUAACCGACCCGCUCACAUUCAGCACCUCAAACACCGAAGCCGAUGUUGCAGACUUCGACGACCGCUUUAAGCGCGCAGGUGCAAAGGCCAAAGUAAUCGAGCGCAUCAUUGGCGAAACAUCUACCACUACCACAGAUUCAAAGUCACCAGAGCGGGGUAACGCGACAGGGAAGAACAGCAACGUGAGGCUGGAAGGUGAGGGGAAGGGAGGCAGGAAGGGGGAUGAUAGUAUGGAGGAUUUUGGGGGGUCGAGGUUGAUUGGUUGAAAUUGAGGGAAGAGAAGGACGAGAAGGGCACUCUGAUCCAGUGUGGAGAUGGUACAUGGGUUGGAUAGCGUGUGCUUACUGGGAAUGGUGGGCCACGAUUGUGACUGCCUUUCUAGACACACCGUCAAACCCUCGUACGAUGCGAGGGGCUGCGUGGUCUGACCUCUUGGUGCGGAA